AUGGCGGAUGCUCAAUUCGAUAGCGCGCUCGACCUUCUCCGGCGGUUGAACCCCCGCGAUACAAAGCAGAAUCUGCAGGCCAUUACGUCCCUUAUUCCAGAUCUCACCGAAGACCUCCUAUCCUCCGUCGACCAGCCGCUCGAGAUCCGUCGCUGCCCCAAGACAAAGCGGGAUUACCUCCUCUGCGAUUACAAUCGUGAUGGCGACAGCUACAGAUCUCCCUGGAGCAAUGAAUUCGACCCACCGCUCGAUGAUGGCACAGUACCGAGCGAAAGAGUGAGAAGGCUGGAGGUUGCGGCGAACGAAGCGUUCGAUGUUUACCGGGAACUCUACUACGAGGGUGGUGUUGGAAGUGUCUACUUCUGGGAUUUGGAUGAUGGGUUUGCGGGCGUUAUUCUCUUGAAGAAGGGGGUAUCUCCAGGCGGCAAGCACUCCGGCGAGUGGGACAGCAUCCACGUCUUCGAAGCGACCGAUCGAGCGCGCCAGGCUCACUACAAACUGACUAGUACAGUGAUCCUUCACCUCUCCAACGAAACUGAAGCUCUUGGCGAGAUGGACCUGAGCGGGAACAUGACCCGGCAGAUCGAGGUCGAUUUGCCCGUUGAUUCGGAUGCAAGCCAUGUCGCCAACGUCGGGAAACUGGUGGAAGACAUGGAGUUGAAGAUGCGGAACUUGCUGCAGGAGGUCUACUUUGGUAAGGCCAAGGAUGUUGUUGGCGAACUCAGGAGCGUUGGACCGCUGUCGGAAACCAAUAGAGACAGGGCCACCCAGCAGGAGAUGCUCCGGGGACUGCAGCGGUAG